AGCCCAGGGCGCGGCCUUUCCGAGAAAAUCCCGUCAUGCCCUUCGGGGCCGCUGAAAAGGGCCGGGAGUUUCAACUACAAGCAUUUCAGGCGCAGCGGACACCAUGAGCCAGGACGCGGAGAUCGACAUGAAGGAGGUGGAACUGAACGAGCUGGAGCCCGAGAAGCAGCCGAUGACGGCGGCGGGGGGCCUCGGGGGGCCCGGCCCAGCCGUGGGCGGCGAGAAGAACGGCCUGGUCAAGGCCAAGGCGGCCGAGGAGGUAGGCGUGGGCAUGGUGGGCCCCGAGGACCCGGCGGCGUUGGCAUCGGCGGCGGCGGCAUCGGCGGCGGCCAAGUUCACGGGGCUGUCCAAGGAGGAGCUGCUGAAGGUGGCCGGGCGGCCGGGCUGGGUCCGCACCCGCUGGGCGCUGCUGGUCCUCUUCUGGCUGGGCUGGCUGGGCAUGCUGGCCGGCGCCGUGGUCAUCAUCGUCCGGGCGCCCCGCUGCCGGGACCUGCCCGCCCAGGCCUGGUGGCACAAGGGGCCCCUCUACCGCGUCUGGGCCCUCCAGGCCUUCCGAGGGCCCAAGCCGCAACCUCGCAUCGGGGGCGGCAUCCACGACUUGAAGAGCCACCUGGAUUACCUGAGCACUCUGAAGGUGAAAGGGCUGGUGGUGGGACCCAUCCACAAGACCACCGAAGACCUCCUCAACGAGACGCACCUCGAACAGAUCGAGCCCAAACUGGGCAAUAAGGAAGACUUCUUAAGCUUUUUGGAGGCCGCUAAGAAAAAGAGCAUCAAGGUCGUUCUGGAUCUGACCCCCAACUAUGAGAGUAAGAACAGCUGGUUCGGACCAGAGGAGGUGGAGGAGCUGAACGGAAAGAUGAAGCGGGCCCUGCACUACUGGUUGGAGGUCGGAGUGGACGGGAUCCAGUUUAAGAAUGUCGACCAGCUCCAGAACUUAGAUAUCCUGGAAGAAUGGCAGAAUUCCACUCAGCUCUUCACCAGUGACAAGCUCCUGUUGGUGGGGACGGGUUCCUCCGAGAAGGAAGCGGUCCUGCGGGUCCUGGACCAAACGAGCGGCGAGCCGAUGACCAACCUGUACCUGCAGAGCUACCCGUCGGGGGAGGCCUUGCGUGAGGCUGUCUCCGCCUACGUCCAGAGGGUCGAGAAGCUGAACAAGCUGUCCUGCGGCUGGAGCGUGUCUCUGGACGCCCACCUGUCCGGCAUCGUGCCCUCUCACCUCCUCCGCCUGUACCAACUGCUGCUCUUCACCCUGCCCGGCACGCCUCUCUUCAGCUACGGGGAUGAGAUAGGGCUGCGGAAACUCUCCUCCGCACGGCCAGACGAUCCCCCCGUAAUGCAGUGGGAAGACACUUCAGAAGAGUUGGUGGGUUUCAACAUGACGGUCAUGGGCCAGAGCGGGGCCCCCACCUCCCUCCUCACCCUGUUCCGGCACCUGAGCGACCGGCGGGGGAAGGAGCGGUCGCUGCUGCACGGAGACUUCCAGGUGAUCCCGACGGACGGGGGCCCGCAGCUCUUCGCCUACGUGCGACGCUGGGACCAGAACGAGCGCUUCUUGGUGGUGCUGAACCUGGGGGGCACCGCCGUCAAAACGCAGCUGAGGGACCCCUUCCUGCCCUCCGCUGCCACUCUGUCGCUCAGCACGGGGCUCGACCGCCCCGAGGGGACCACCACGUCCCUCGAGUCCCUAUCAGUCAACCCGUGGGAAGGGCUGUUGUUCACCUUUCCCUACGUCGGCUAGCCCGCCGGCGGCCCCCGUCCCUACUAUUAUUACUACUACUACUACUUCUACUACUACCAUCUUGUUGGUUUUUUAACUGCCGUAAAAUUCACGUGACCGAUAAGGGGGAGUGGGCGAUGUCCGACCUCCAGAGAAUAAAGGUCUCCUAGCAAGCA